CUGACCAAUAAAUAAUUAAUCAUGUCGAAUAAAAACAGGAGCAAGUCAGAUGGGGUUCAUGGCAUGGGUGCUAGAAUGAGGCUUUGUUUAUGGAUCGGCCCAAAUCCAGAAUCUUUUGUUUAGAUAGUUUUUUUUUUUGAUUCGGUGUUACCAGCGGCAGGGUAAGGGAUUCCUGGAUUCAGCGCAGUUGGUAAAUAGAAAAGGCGUUGAGAACGUUGUCUGAAGGAAGCAGAUUUGAGAGAGAUGGCAGGAGGAAUAGGAGCGUUUUGGGGAACAAGAGUGAUGGAGAUAGUGAAGAAGCAUGAUUCCGGAGGCCUCGUUUGGAAGAGAAUUAAGCUCACUUCUACCCGCAAAGCCAACGCCAAGAAGCGUCUCCAUCGCGUUUGGCAGAAUGAAGCUGUUUUAAGGGCAUGUGCAGAACCACCUCCUUCAAAAACAACUGAUGUUGUAGCUGGUGGUGCUGGCGAGAAAAAGGGGGAAUAGCCAACUUUAUGGACAAAUUGAGUAAGACACUACAUGCACCUCAAAGGAGGAUUUUGGUUAUUCUUGGCUUCAUGGUGCAAAAUUUUUAAAGUUUGAGAUUUGAAUUUAGUUGGAUGUUAUCAGGACGACUAUUUAUUCUUGUUUAAGGCCAUUGCUGUAUCAUCUUGGAGCAUAUAGUAGUAUGCAGCUUUUAGUUAUUGGACAUAGGCAAUCAUAAUCUCAUAUCUCUUAGCAACUUUCAUGUGAGCACUAGCUUGUGAAUGAAACAUUCUGAAGUUGCUUGCUGAUGCUGUGAAUCUUUUUAACUGGUCCAAGCUGGCUUGAUGAAAUAUGGUUUUUCUGAAUGCUUAUUUUUCACUUGUUUAUUCUAAGAUGAUCACAUCACUAAUAAUAGUAA